UGAGCGGUGCGGCGGUACUUCCGUCUGCCUUCUGGUGUCACGCGACACCGCCCCUCCCUCACCCUUCUCUGUCUACCUCUGGGCGGGACUGGCGGGUGAUGAGAUACUCUGGCGGCGAGUGGAAGGGGUGAGGGCUACACCUACCGUAAUCACGUCCAAGAUCGCGGUCAUGGCCGAGAAUCCCGCUCAGAAUAAAGCCAAGCUCAUCAGUGAGACCCGGCGGAGGUUCGAAGCUGAGUUUGUGUCAGAUAAGUCAGAAAAAUAUGAUCCACGAGAUGUUGAAAGACUACAGCAAGAUGAUACCUGGGUUGAAAGUUACUUACACUGGAGACAUAAUGUUGUGGACGAUACACUGAAGAUGAUUGAUGAGAGUUUUCAGUGGAGAAAAGAGUUUUCUGUCAAUGACCUUAAUGAAUCCUCCAUUCCCAGAUGGUUAUUAGAAGUUGGUGCUAUUUACCUCCAUGGUUAUGACAAAGAAGGAAACAAAUUGUUCUGGAUCAGGGUGAAGUAUCACAUAAAAGACCAGAAAACGAUAAUGGACAAAAAGAAGCUUACAGCAUUUUGGUUGGAACGUUACGCUAAGAGAGAAAAUGGAAAACCUGUCACAGUGAUAUUUGACCUGUCCGAAAGUGGACUAAAUAGCAUGGACUUGGACUUUGUACGGUUUAUCAUCAACUGCUUUAAGGUUUAUUACCCUAAAUACCUCUCAAAAAUAGUCAUCUUUGAUAUGCCUUGGAUAAUGAAUGCUGCUUUCAAAAUUGUGAAAACCUGGCUUGGCCCAGAAGCAGUGAAUUUGCUGAAGUUUACAAGUAAAAGUGAAGUCCAGGAGUAUGUCAGUGUAGAAUACCUGCCCCCACACAUGGGUGGAACUGAUCCUUUCAAGUAUAGCUACCCACCCCUGGUUGAUGAUGACUUCCAGACGCCGCUGUGUGAGAACGGGCCUGUGGCCAGUGAGGAUGAGUCGUCGAGUAGAGAAGAUGUAGAAAGUGAUGGGAAAGAAACCUUGGAGACAGUUUCUAAUGAGGAACAUAUGGCUCUUCUAAAAAAGGUUAACCCAACUGAAUCGAGUUCCAAAGCAGAAGAAAAUGAAAAAGUUGAUUCAAAGAUGAAAGCUUUCAAGAAACCAUUGAGUGUAUUUAAAGGGCCCUUAUUACAUAUCAGCCCAGCAGAAGAACUGUAUUUUGGAAGUACUGAAUCUGGAGAGAAGAAAACCUUAAUAGUGUUAACAAAUGUAACUAAAAAUGUGGUAGCAUUUAAGGUGAGAACAACUGCUCCAGAAAAGUACAGAGUCAAGCCAAGCAACAGCAGCUGUGACCCGGGUGCAUCAGUCGAUAUAGUUGUUUCUCCCCACGGGGGCUUAACGGUCUCUGCCCAAGACCGGUUUCUGAUCAUGGCUGCAGAAAUGGAACAGUCACCUGGCACAGGGCCAGCAGAAUUGACUCAGUUUUGGAAGGAAGUUCCCAGAAACAAAGUGGUGGAGCAUAGGUUAACAUGCCAUACUGUGGAGACCAGUAAACCAAAUACUCUGACAUUAAAAGACAGUGCUCCUAACGUGUCAGAUAAAACCAGUGAGGAUAUAUACUUACAACUCAAUCAUUUACUAGAGAGCAAUAGGAAGCUUGAAGACCAACUUCAGCGUUGUAUCUGGUUCCAGCAGCUGCUACUUGCCUUAACAACGCUCUUGCUUGCUUCAGUUGUCACCUUCUUUUAUUCGUUGUACAAUUAAAGAAGCGGUGCCUGGACACAAACACAGCUCCUUUCUCAGUUGUUAGGAAAAAAUAACAAACCCAAAAUGUCUCCACCAAGCUACUAAACGUACUGCAUAUUUGUGCUUCCUAAAAGGAAAUAUGCAGCACUUAUAGGGAUGCAACAUAUACCUGUCUUGAAAAAUAAACUGUUUAAAUAAACACUGGAGAAAUUCAUUACUUAUAGCUAGUUAGGAAAGUAAGUAAAGGCAUAUGCAUUGUGUAAUUAAUAGCUUAAAUAUAAUUUAUUUGCCCUUUGAUUUAAGUACUUUUAAAGCUUAAGUUUUGGAAUAGGGUUGUGGCUCAGCAGUAGAGCACUUUCCUAGUGUGCACAAGGCCCUGUCUGGUCCCAAUACCACCAAAAAAAAAGCUUAAUAUUUAUUAUGUAAAUACAUUAGCUGAACUGAAAAGUAAGUAACAUGCUUUGGUGCAGCCAAAAAAUGUAUUCUGCUUUUUGAUGACAGGAUUAUUAUAGCUGAGCCAACUUACUAGCUUUUCUAUACAAUGUAAAUAAAAAAACAUGUAUAUUGAAAAAGAAAACAUACUUAAACAGAGUAAUUUAUGUAAUCUUGACUUUGUAAUUUUGAAACUUACUUCCACACGAUAGUCAAUGUUCUUUUGGAAUGUAAACCUUUCAAUGCCAAACCACCUUAGCCUUUGUUUCUCAGAGUUCUUUAGCAGCCUACUUAUUAAUCCUGGGCUUUUCUAUGAACAUUCUCAUUUGGGUAAAAUUUGCAAAACUAAGUGUGGUUGAAUUUUCCUUGAAUUCUGUUGAGUCUCUCCAAGUAGUCCCAUUUUCCAUUCAUCUCUAUGCAGCUUCAUGUUGUCCACUAUGGCUGGACACUGAACCUCUUGCCAAAUCGAUGAUAAAGGCCUCGUCCUUCCUUGUUCCUUCCAGAUCACAGGAGUCUCUGUGGUCUACAAAUUGCACCAUCUUCACCCGUAUUUCUAAAUGAAAAGUGUUAGAUGACACUUUUCUUUGAAGAGCUACUUUUUUUGAGAUUCUAAGCAAUAUAAUUUAUGGUUCAAACUGUUCCUUGUUAAAAUCAGCCAUAAGUAGGAAGCUUACAAAAGACUGAAUUAUCCCAUAAGGAUGAAAAGGGAAAAAAAAAAAAAGCAUAGAAGCUCAAGUGUCAGGUCUUUUUCUCAGAGAAUGAAAAAUAUUACUCAUAGUGGACUAUAAAACCUUCAGCCCAGGGCUAACUGACUGACUUGAUAUUCUACCUUUAGUAUAGUAAUACCUACCGGUAUGGUUCCUACAUUGCUGAAGAGAUAGACCUGGCAGAAGCAGAGGCUAAUGAAAUUGUAGUUUGAUUUCUCAUUCGUAUGGCCAGUUUCAGUGCUUUUGGUUGUGUAUCUACUUUAUAUGAAA